AUGGCCAAAAUGGAGGUGAAAACAUCACUUCUGGACAAUAUGAUUGGAGUUGGAGAUAUGGUUCUUUUAGAACCUCUCAAUGAGGAGAGCUUCAUCAACAACCUCAAGCAGCGCUUUGACCAUAAUGAAAUAUAUACGUAUAUUGGAAGUGUGGUUAUCUCCGUGAAUCCGUACCGGUCAUUGCCCAUUUACUCCCCAGAGAAAGUGGAAGAUUACCGCAAUAGAAAUUUUUAUGAACUGAGCCCUCACAUCUUUGCCCUGUCAGACGAAGCAUACCGAUCCCUCAGAGAUCAAGAUAAAGACCAGUGUAUUCUCAUUACCGGAGAAAGUGGAGCAGGAAAAACAGAGGCCAGCAAGCUUGUUAUGUCCUACGUAGCAGCUGUUUGUGGAAAAGGAGCAGAAGUUAACCAAGUCAAAGAGCAGCUUCUGCAGUCCAACCCAGUCCUGGAAGCUUUUGGAAAUGCCAAAACUGUAAGGAAUGACAAUUCCUCAAGAUUUGGCAAAUAUAUGGACAUUGAAUUUGACUUUAAAGGUGAUCCGCUGGGAGGAGUGAUAAGUAACUAUCUUUUAGAAAAGUCUCGGGUUGUGAAGCAGCCAAGAGGUGAAAGAAACUUCCAUGUGUUCUACCAGCUGCUCUCCGGUGCCUCUGAAGAACUCCUCAAUAAGCUUAAACUCGAGCGGGAUUUCAGCAGAUAUAACUACUUGAGUCUGGACUCAGCCAAAGUUAAUGGAGUGGACGAUGCAGCAAACUUCAGAACUGUUAGGAAUGCGAUGCAGAUUGUGGGCUUUAUGGACCAUGAGGCCGAGUCUGUCUUGGAGGUGGUAGCCGCUGUGUUGAAGCUGGGGAACAUUGAGUUCAAGCCCGAGUCUCGAGUGAAUGGCUUAGAUGAAAGCAAAAUCAAAGAUAAAAAUGAGUUAAAAGAAAUCUGUGAGUUGACCAGCAUUGAUCAGUCAGUUCUAGAACGAGCAUUCAGUUUUCGGACAGUUGAAGCCAAGCAGGAGAAAGUUUCUACUACCCUGAACGUGGCUCAGGCUUACUAUGCCCGUGAUGCUCUGGCUAAAAACCUCUACAGCAGGCUGUUUUCGUGGUUGGUAAAUCGAAUCAAUGAAAGCAUAAAGGCACAAACAAAAGUGAGAAAGAAGGUCAUGGGUGUUUUGGACAUUUAUGGCUUUGAAAUUUUUGAGGACAACAGUUUUGAACAGUUCAUUAUUAAUUACUGCAAUGAGAAGCUGCAACAAAUCUUCAUUGAAUUGACCCUUAAAGAAGAACAGGAAGAAUAUAUUCGGGAGGACAUAGAGUGGACUCACAUCGACUACUUCAAUAAUGCUAUCAUUUGUGACCUAAUAGAAAAUAACACAAAUGGAAUCCUGGCCAUGUUGGAUGAAGAGUGUCUGAGGCCCGGCACGGUCACCGAUGAGACCUUCUUAGAAAAACUCAACCAGGUCUGCGCCACCCACCAGCACUUUGAAAGCAGGAUGAGCAAGUGCUCCAGAUUCCUCAAUGACACGACUCUGCCUCACAGCUGCUUCAGAAUUCAGCAUUAUGCUGGCAAGGUGCUGUACCAGGUGGAGGGAUUUGUGGACAAAAACAAUGAUCUUCUCUAUCGUGACCUGUCCCAAGCCAUGUGGAAAGCUGGCCACUCCCUCAUCAAGUCUUUGUUCCCUGAAGGGAACCCUGCCAAGAUCAACCUGAAAAGGCCUCCUACGGCCGGAUCACAGUUCAAGGCCUCUGUGGCCACACUGAUGAAAAACCUGCAGACCAAGAACCCCAACUACAUUAGGUGUAUCAAGCCAAAUGAUAAAAAGUCGGCGCACAUCUUCAACGAGGCCCUGGUGUGUCACCAGAUCAGGUACCUGGGUCUCCUGGAGAACGUCCGAGUGAGGAGGGCAGGCUACGCCUUCAGGCAGGCUUAUGAGCCUUGUCUGGAAAGAUACAAAAUGCUGUGCAAACAGACAUGGCCUCACUGGAAAGGCCCAGCACGAUCUGGUGUAGAAGUUUUGUUUAAUGAAUUAGAGAUUCCUGUGGAAGAAUAUUCUUUUGGUAGAUCAAAAAUAUUCAUCCGAAACCCAAGAACAUUAUUCAAAUUGGAAGACCUGAGGAAGCAGCGACUAGAGGACUUGGCCACCCUCAUCCAGAAGAUUUAUCGGGGCUGGAAGUGUCGCACUCACUUCCUGCUGAUGAAGAAGAGUCAAAUCGUGGUUGCUGCCUGGUACAGGCGAUACGCGCAACAAAAGCGGUAUCAACAGAUAAAGAGUUCUGCCUUGGUAAUUCAGUCUUACAUCCGGGGCUGGAAGGCUCGGAAAAUCCUGCGAGAACUGAAGCAUCAAAAGCGAUGCAAGGAGGCAGUCACCACCAUUGCAGCCUAUUGGCAUGGGACCCAGGCGCGAAGGGAACUGAGACGGCUGAAGGAGGAGGCUAGGAAUAAACAUGCUAUUGCAGUUAUUUGGGCUUACUGGCUUGGAUCUAAGGCUCGAAGGGAAUUGAAACGCUUGAAGGAGGAGGCUAGGCGUAAGCAUGCAGUUGCUGUCAUUUGGGCUUACUGGCUUGGACUGAAGGUCCGCAGGGAAUACCGAAAAUUCUUUAGAGCCAAUGCUGGAAAGAAAAUCUACGAAUUUACACUGCAGAGAAUUAUGCAAAAAUACUUCUUGGAAAUGAAAACUAAGAUGCCUUCUUUAUCUCCAAUUGACAAGAACUGGCCCUCAAGACCUUAUCUCUUCUUGGAUUCUACUCACAAGGAGCUGAAAAGGAUUUUCCACUUGUGGAGGUGUAAAAAAUACAGGGACCAGUUCACAGACCAGCAGAAACUUAUUUAUGAAGAGAAGCUAGAAGCCAGUGAACUCUUCAAAGACAAGAAGGCUUUGUACCCAUCUAGUGUUGGGCAACCAUUCCAAGGGGCUUACCUGGAAAUUAACAAGAACCCUAAGUAUAAAAAGCUCAAAGACUCUAUUGAAGAAAAGAUCAUCAUCGCUGAAGUUGUGAACAAAAUUAACCGUGCUAAUGGGAAGAGUACAUCCCGGAUUUUCCUCUUAACAAAUAAUAAUCUCCUCCUUGCUGAUCAAAAGUCUGGGCAGAUCAAGUCAGAGGUUCCCCUGGGAGACGUGACCAAGGUAUCGAUGAGCUCACAAAAUGAUGGCUUCUUUGCCAUCCACCUCAAAGAGGGCUCAGAAGCAGCUAGUAAAGGAGACUUUCUCUUCAGCAGCGACCACCUAAUUGAAAUGGCCACCAAGCUCUAUCGUACAACACUCAGCCAAACCAAACAGAAGCUCAAUAUUGAAAUUUCCGAUGAGUUUCUGGUACAGUUCAGACAGGACAAAGUAUGUGUGAAGUUUAUUCAGGGCAGCCAGAAAAAUGGGAGUGUCCCGAUGUGUAAACGAAAAAACAACCGGCUCCUGGAAGUAGCUGUCCCGUAA